CUAUUUUCGUUGGGCCGGUCGCUUUCAUAAGUAGUUAUUCGUAAAUCGAUAUCUACGUUAUCAUGAUUAUAAUGUACAUAAUCAUGACAUUUGUAACACCUAUUACGGACAAUUUUGAAAUCGAUCCCUUACUUGACUCGGUCUACAAUCGAAGCUAAUAAUAGACGUUAUACAUGUAAACAAUUUACGGUUCUGUUACCUCAAUGUAAACAAGAAAUAGUUAACAAAACUUUAAUACUUUCCGUUAAAUAGAACAGCAUGGGAACACUUAAAUGGUAGAUUCAUUUCAAAAUCAAGGAAUAUAUCUUAGUUUAAAAAUGGAACGACCAGAAAAAGAAGAAAGCACUGACCAAAAUGUCAGAAUAGAAGAAACGAUUCAGAUGAAAAAAACUAUCAAUCUGUUAAAAUGUACAUCCAUUUUGGUAGCUGUAACCGGACAUGUUUCAAUAUUCAUCAACUCAUCACUGAUUUUAGCCAAUGCAGGAUCUAUUGGCCUGACGUUAAUUAUGUGGACUAUUGGUGGAUUUAUCAAUCUGUUUCAGGCUAUGUGCUUCACUGAACUUGCUGCGAUGUUUCCAUUUGCAGGAGGAUCAUAUACAUACAUAUUUCAUGUUUUUGGACCAUUGCCUGCAUUUCUUGUAUUGUGGGGAACUUAUCUACUUGUUCAGGGUCCGUUCUGGGCGUUUGUUUCUUAUGGUGCGUCAAUGUACAUUCUUCAGCCAUUCUUUCCAACUUGCAGACCGCCGGAAAUAUGUGUAAAAAUCCUAGGAGGAUGGAUACUAGUGACAUUUGUGGCCUUAAAUGGUGUCUAUAUGAAGUACGUAACCAAGGUACAAACAUUUCUGUCAUCAACCAAGGUAGCAGGACUACUCUUAAUUGUCAUUUGUGGAGUUAUACAGCUGGCACGAGGUGAAACAGAUCAUUUUGAGAACAUCAUGGCCAACUCUAAGACAGACUUGGGAAGUAUAUCAUUUGCUGCAUUCUUCUCUACUUUUUCAUAUGGAGGUUGGCAGGUUAUUAGUAGUUUAAUGGAAGAGACUAAAAAUCCAGCAAGGGAUUUACCCAGAGCAGUUUAUAUCACAUUUUUUAUAGUAAUGAUAGUAUACAUAUUAACCAAUGUGGCCUUCUUUACUGUUCUGAGUCCAACAGAACUACUGAGAUCUGAUGCUGUUGCAGUUUUAUUUAUGCAGAAUUUUUAUGGACCUCUCACUCCAGUGAUAACAAUAUUGGUAGGAUUAUGUUGUAUUGGUGUACUUAAUGCAUCAAUAAUGGGACAUUCAAGAGUUUUAUUUGCUGGAGCUAGAAAUGGACAUUUUCCUUCUAUUUUUGGUACGUUGCAAACCACAUUUCUGACACCAUGGGCAGCUAUCUUAGCAAUAACAUUUCUUGCAUUAUUUCUGCUGUUUAGUGGUGGAUUAGUACUGUUUAUUGAGUACAUACAAGUAUUCUCUAUUAUAAUGACUUUAAUGGUCUUGUCAGCAUUACUGUAUCUACGAAGGUACCGCCCUGAAAUGAAACGGCCUUAUAAAGUGAAUAUUGCUCUUCCUAUUGUUAUGUUAGUGAUAAAUUUUGUGAUGUUACUAAUCUGUGUAAUAACAGAGCCCACCAGGACAGGAAUGGCUCUGGUAUUAUUUUUUACUGGUAUACCACUAUAUCUGAUUGGUGUUAUAUGGAAAUCUAAACCUAAAUCUUUCAACGAUAUAAUGUAUAAAACAACAGUGAUAUUACAGAAGACUUUCUUGCUAGGGAAGUCAGAAUAAAGUGCCAAAUGUUUAUAGCAAUUAUGUCAUUCACUAGUGAAGUCACAGUGAUGAAGUGCAAAAUGUUUACAGCAAUAUGUCAUUUCCUUGGGAAAUCAGGGUGAAGUACAAAAUGUUUACAGCAAUAUGUCAUUUAGUUAGACCUGCAUAUGCCUGUAGUUAGAUAUCAUUCAGAGUAUAGCUACAUAUGUCUUUAGCCAUGUGUCAUUCAGAGUAUAGCUACAUAUUUCUAUAGCCAUGUGUCAUUCAGAGUAUGGCUAUAUAUGUUCACAGCAAUAUAUCAUUCAGAGUAUAGCUACAUAUUUCUAUAGCCAUGUGUCAUUCAGAGUAUGGCUACAUAUGUUCACAGCAAUAUAUCAUUCAGAGUAUAGCUGCAUAUGCCUACAGUAAUGUGUCAUUCAGUGUAUGGCUUCAAAUUAUUACAUCCACAUAUAUCAUUCUGAGUAUUUCUACAAAUGUUUAUUAAAAGUAAUGUGUCAUUCAGUGUAUGGCUACAUAUCUUUACAUCCACAUAUCAUUCUGAAUAUUUCUACAUAUGUUUACAGUCAAGUGUCAUCCAGAGUAUGACUACAUGUGUUUAUGGUUAUGUGUUAUUCAGACAAGGGCAUCAUAUGUUUACUGUGAUGCAUCAUUCAGACAAGGGCAUCAUAUAUUUACUGUGAUAUGUCAUUCAGAUUAGGGCAGGUGUUUACUGUGGUGUGUUAUUCUGAGUAGGGUAUUAUCUUGAGGGUCUCUUCCUAUAUGAGGGUAUACACAGACGUGCCACUGGAAUGGUUCCCUUUUUUGAAAUGUAAAAACAUAUCAGUUGGGUUGCAAUUCCACUAAGGUAAAAUGUCAAUGGGUCAGUUAAUUUCAUCUUUCGAUUAGAUUUUUGUUUAAAUACUGUUUUAUUGUUUUAAAUUAAAUCAAGAAUCAAAAAUUGUACAUGUGAUAACUGAGAAAUAUAUGAAUGGGUUAUGAUUUUGCCAUGAAAUAUAUAUAUAGGACAAUAUAUGAAGUGGGAGGGGUGGUUUCCCAGCUGCAUGUCUGUACCUAAAAUCCCAUGUGAGAUCCGCCGUGGGCAUUAUAUGAUUACAAUGAUAUAUCAUUCAGAAAAACGUUGCUUCACAUGCAAUGAAACUUGUAUCAAUAUACAAAAAUUUGAUGUCUUCACACAAGCGAAAAAUACUGAAAAAAUCAGGAAGUUUUGCAAGAUUUUUUUUUCUAUUUUUCAAAAAAGUGUGAGAUGAUAAGUUUUGCAUUUUAAAUUUUGCAAAAUUAAGUAGUAUGUAGCUUUUCCUGAAAUCGUGAUAAUUAAUUGCACAUUUGUUUUCCAUUGUAUAACAAUCACAAUGAUAAAUGCACGCAGAAAACAUUGAAUUUACAGUAUUUAGGAUGGUUCAAAAGUCUUUCCAGAUACUGUAUAAACAAAAACAAAUUAUGUUUUGAUGAAAUAUUUUGGAUCAGGUCAUCUUAUUUCCCCAAAAGAAAGGAAAGUUUUGAAAGUUUGAUCAGAUCAGUUUUCAAUGUUUUUAAAAAUAAGGAGAUGCGGUAUGAUUGGCAAAGAGACAACUAUCCACCAAUGUUCAAAUGAAGUGUUUGUAAGCAAUUAUAGGCAACUGUACAGCCUUCAACAAUGAGAAAAACCCAUACCGUAUUGUUUGCGAAAAAUAUGAAAUUUGUUCAGUAUUGAUUUACAGAUAUGAGAGUAUUGUGCCAUAUUUUUAAAGUGAUGUUCCAUAUUUAUGAUAUAUAUUUUAUAAAUCAUAAUGGUAAUUUUCAUAUUUUAAAGACAUUUGUUAUGUGUUUUAUAUUUUGUUUUAAUCUAUUGCUAUACAAGUCAGUGUGCCUGUUCUCCUUGUCAUGACAUUUUCAUAUUAAUUUAAACAUUUUGUUAAACAGACAUUUUUGUUUAAUAUUUAUGUAUAUAGUCUUAAGUUUUGUGCAAUGAUACUGAUUAAAGACAUCUAUGUAUGUUUGUUUGUGCUGUACAGUCGUUAGUAUAUUUCAGUUGUUAACCAUGAUAUUUAAUCUCACUUGAGAGAAGUGGGAAGUUUAUAGUGUGUCAUAGAGUAUAUUUAAUUUUCUAAACUUUAGAAUUUACUCAACUUUGAACAUGACAAAAAGAAUUUUGAUUAAUUGAAGAAAUGCAUAUCUGGUGCUACAAAAUAAAUAUCAUUUAUGUUGUGAUUUAAUUGUCCCUCAAGAAGGAUUUUUAUUAUUAUGCAGUAACUGGUAUAUUUAAUUUUAUUGAGACUAAAGUGCAUUUCCAUUUCAUUUGUUUUGGAAUUACCUGUAUUUUUGUAAAUAAAUGGAACUUUUUUAACUAUAUGUUAUUAUUUGUUUAAAUCAGCAUCUGGUGCUUAAAUUUUUUUAUUGUUUAGUGCUGAUAUUAUAAGGUAUGUUACUGUGAAUUCAUUUAUUUUCAUAGGUACCAAUUUUCAUUGAUUGAGAAAAACCUGCAUUUUCAGGGAUAUUUGAUUUCAUGGUUUUGCCAAGGUCUGCAUACAACCCUAUAGAACAUUUGCAAUUCAUUGAACAAUUAAAUUAAAGGUUCACCUGUACCCACGAAAUCCUUGAAAAUUGGUAUCCAACGAAUAAUAAUGAAUCAUCAGUACUUUUUUGCUUACUUAUAUAUGGUUGUGUAAGUAUAGAUAUACCCCCUCUGCAAAUAUCUAAGAAAUAUCUGGAAUUUAUGACAAGAAUAGCAAAAUAUUUUCCUGAAAUUAUUUGUUAAAGUAAUGAAAUUAACACUAAUAUUUAGGGAACUGCUUUGAAACAAAAUUUCAGUGUAUUGCCUUCGGAAAUUCAAAAGGAGAAACAAAAUAAUAGGGAAAUGUUGACAUGUUAAACCCGCUGCAUUUGUUUGCACCUGUCCUAAGUCAGGAGCCUAUUGUUUAGUGGUUGUUGUUUGUUAAUGUGUUUCAUAAGUGUUUCUCGUUUCUCGUUUUUUAUAUAGAUUGGUUUUCUUAUUUGAAUUGUUUUACACUAGUCAUUUUGGGGCCCUUUAUAGCUUGCUGUUCGGUGUGAGCCAAGGCUCCGUGUUGAAGGCUGUACUUUGAUUUAUAAUUGUUUACUUUUUAUACAUUGUGACUUGGAUGGAGAGUUGUCUCAUUGGCACUCAUACCACAUCUUCCUAUUUACAUUCUAAAUCAUAUUUGUUAAAAAUAUAACAUUUUGUAUUUUCUUUUCCUUUAUUUUGCAUGCAUGCCUAUUUAUUGUAUUUAGCAUUCUUAUUUUACAUGCAAAUCUUUUUAUUAUUGUAUUUUGUAUAAAUAAAAGUAUUGUUUUUACUUUUUGUGCUUUCUAAAUUGAAAAUCUCAAUAAAUGAACUAUUGUUAACACUUAACAUCAAACUAUUGUCUGUCCAAUCUAUUUAAAAUAAACUCAUUGCACUUGCUACUCAUUUUGUUUCAGUUGUUUAUUCUCACUCUUAGAAGAUCUAAUAACAUCUGCUUGAGGGUAAUGUUUUUCUUCCACACAUGAAAUAUAAAAAAAUGGAACGAAAAUGAGGUGCAAGUGCAGAAAAAUAAUUUUGAUAAGAUUGCAUGCUGUCUGUCAAUCAUCAGUCAACUAAUCGCCAUAAUCAGCUCUAUAGGCAAGAUAAGUUUUGUGGAAUAUUCUCAUAAAUAAAAGGGAAUUUUGUAGAAAAAUGUCAGUAAAUCAUAAAACAUAAAGCAUACUGUGCAUAUUUAAAAUGUUUUGUCCUUUCACAAUACCAAUUUGCUUAAAUGUUUUAAUACCAAGUUGAAGUUUGAGUUAAUCUCUAUGAACUGAUCAAAUGGUAAAAUAUUUUAUCUAGUGAAUAGUGGAUAAAAAAUAACAAUAAUAAAAAGAUAAAUGCACGCUCUAGAUUUGAAAAAAAAUAAAUUGGAUGAGAAUGCAGGACCUUUAUUUUUGUAACAUUAUACAAUAUUUGGCUGUUGACAGAACAGAUAUGAUUUUUUAUUGUUAUGGCAAUGUUUCUUAUGACAAUUUAUUUUUUAAGUGCAUCAUUAUUUUUCUUUUGUAUUUUAGUUGUUUUAAUUUCUUUAUUUUGGAAUAAAUAUUUAACCAGAGAUAGAUUUUGAAUUUAAAUUUCUUUGAUAGCUGAAAUAACUUUUCCUGACCAGUUGUUUUUAUUUUCAUUACAAAAUGACCUUAAAAUCUUCGUAAACAGUGCCAAUUUCUUCUGUCAACUAUAAGAAAAAUUGUUUAUUUGUCAUCAUCUUCCUUAAUUUUAUUUUAAUCACAACAGCUUUUAACAUAUGAGCUGUGUCGGAUAGAAAUCGACCUUAUGCAAAUGAAUUCGAAUACAUCUGUAAACCUAUUUCUGGUUGAAAAAAUCUCCAUGGAAAGCCUGUAACUGUUUAGAAAUUAAGUUGUCAUAAGAACCCUACAAAGCAGUUCAAAAUUCAUCUUUUAUUUCAUAUUUGAAUGUUAUAUAAUCAAUCAUAGUCUUACACAUGUACAUGUCAACGUGCACUUGCAUAAGGUCGAUUUCUAUCAGACGCAGCUCAUAUCUAAUUGUCUUUUUGAUUAUCAUUCAUGUUUUAUAACUUUUUUUUUUUUUGAGUAACCUAUACAAUAUUUGAGUAAUGACAGAAUAUUAUCAGACAUGAAUUGUUAUUUCUAUGACAAUGUUUUUAUGACUUAUUUUUUAAGCACAUUAUUAUAUAUUGUUUGAAUUUUGAUUGUUUUAUUUGUUUAUUUUGGAAUAAAUAUUUAACUAGA